AUGAAGGUUUCAAUUGUUCUCAUAACUAUCCUCGCCGGACUGGGAGUUGCUGCAAAACCUAGUUGGAAGGGAGAGGUAUUGUUCGAACAACCGGCACAACCACAAUGCGUAGGGAAAGGGCAACAUUGUACCUACCAAACUGAUUGCUGUGGAAAUCUGCGAUGUCAAGCUUUAUACGAGGAUCCUCUAUGUCGAUAGGUCUAGCUUAUAAUUAUUUGGGCUUGUCGGUAGCAGCUGUAAUGAACACUAUGUUACAAGUACAACUUCUGGUAGCAUGUGACCAGGAGACCUUAGGCUCAGGGGACAGUAAGGUCCUAGGAGUACUCUUGGUGGGAAACACAGUUGCAGGGUCACGUGAGAGUAUAGACAGAAUAAACAGUCUAUCCAAGGAGAACAAAGGUCUAUAUGAACAUCAUGUAUUUCCUUAG